AUGACCGGAAAACCUCUGGAGGAGUUCAUGCGGGACACUUUCUUCAAGCCGCUGGGUCUGAAGAGGACCACUUGGGCCACACCAUCCCAGGACAACUUCGCCAAUGCCCACAUAACGCUGAGUGAUGGCACUCCGUUUGAGGUGCCCAACCCUAGAAUCGGAAACGGCAGCCUUCUGUGUGGAGCCGCCGGCCUGAAGAGCACUGUCCAUGAUCUGCUUAUCCUUUACGAUUCUCUUCUCUCGGCUCUCUCGGACCAGAGAGAGACAGGUCUGGCGAGCACGCCCGGCAGUCCCUUCAAAGAGGUCGUCACCCUCUUCACUUCGUACAACAAGAAGGGCAAUACAGAGUACGGACUGGGGUGGUUCUUGACCGAGCUUCCAAACGACAUUGGCUGGAUUGGCAUCAACGACGGGCGCGUCAAGCAGAACCCUGUCAUUGGUCGCGGUGUGUCCCCGACUUCGAUUGCCUACCACAACGGAAACAUGCCUGGCUACAUUUCGUCGGUCCAUCUCGUCCCUAGCACUCACACGGCCAUCGUGAUCCUAGGCAAUACGCUCUCCUUCGCCGAUCUCCCCGAUUACGUCGGCGGUCUCAUCCUGAACACAAUCCUGGGGUCGGAUGACAAGGUAGACUUUGUGUCCCUCGUCAGAGAGUGCAAGGCGUCCUCCAUCAACGGCCCGCUGCGGACCGCUGCUCAGUUGGAGUCUGAGAGAAAGGAGGGCACUUCGCACAAGCCCCUGGAUGCUUACGUGGGCAGAUACUCCAACGCGAUGGGCAACCUCGUCCUGGCCGUCUCAGUCUCAGAAGACGGAGACGGACUGCGCAUGCGCUUGAACGACCUUCCUGGCACAUACUAUGACCUGAAGCAUUACCACGACGAUGUGUUUGCCUGGGCUUGCAACCGGGACGCCGAGGCAAAGAGGGCCAUGUUUCCUCAGCUGUCGGCCGACUUCCGCAGGAUCACCUUCCAGGCCGGGGAGGACGGUACUAUCAAGAGCAUUUUCUGGGUAUAUGCGCGAGAUGAGCCCAAGGGAGAGAGGCAGAUUCACCUCCUUUUCUUCUUUCCCGGCCUUAUUCCGAUUCCCCGGCCCGGCCCCGACCGGUUUCCCUCCCACCUCUUUGCUGGCCGAGACCCAGCAAUGUCCGAUGAGCUUGUUUACCAGCUAAACGAGUUCAUCCACCGGAAUAGCAAGCUCUCGCACGUCAAAAGAGGCUGGAAGAACUCGGACUGUUUCCAGCUCAUCCAGAAGUACGCAGCCGGCAUUCCGGACGACGUUCGACAUGCCGUCGAUCGCCGCGAUUCGCUCUAUCUGCCCGAACGGCGAUACCAUACCUACAUCAACGACAUGGGAUACGAGGAGAUGUCCGACCAAGAGGACGAGAUUGUGGACGGAAAAAUCGUCGACCCAAGGGAGAAGAACGCCGACAAACCAGCCGAAGAGUUCCCCUUACGCGACCAGUUUGUCAAGCAACAGGGCAGACAAGCCGAGGAGCACGCUGUCGACAGACAACACGCCAAUAAGGCCGACAAGCGCUUCACUGCUGCAGUAAAGGUCCCCUCCAAGAUGGUUAUCACGGCGACUAUGAGCUUCCUGGAACGUCUGGAACUGGAUCAGAGAGAGAAGCCGUUUCAGCUAUUCGUCAAUCUACCGCCCGACGCCAAAGACGAUCGACAGAGCAACUUGAUCUUUGAGGACGUCUCGGUGAAGCUCCGUGACAUCCGCAAGCGUGAUGUUCCACCGUCUCUCGACGAUCAAGGCUUCACCGUCCGCAAUUUUGUGUCUAGCGUUGAAUACAAGGAUAUCAACCGCCGGGAGGUGGUAGAACGCGACUAUUACGCCGAGAUGGAGGCCCUCCCCAAGGAGGAGGACCCGAGUAUCCACCAAGUGUUCUUCUUCGACUGGCAGGUACGCAGCACCGACAAAGAGGCAAAUCACGAGAAGUUAGACCUUAAUGACUCGACAGAGUUCAUCCUCCCGGCCAUGUCUGUCCGUGUUGAUCAAAGCCCGACUGGUGUGUUGCAUCGCAUCUUGCCGCAGCUCGGCGACGAUGCAGCCGAACUUCUACAGGGCCGCGUCCGAAUCAUCGACCUAUGGAAGCCGCUCCUCUUUCCUGUGGAGGACCAUCCUCUCGCCGUCUGUGACGGGUCAACGGUCCCGGCCAAGGACCUGGUUCCAUCAGACAACAUCAGACAAUCCUUCCAGGGCGAGUCGUACAUGGUCCACUUCAGCGAGGCCCAAGAGUGGUAUUAUCUCAGCGGCCACCGGCCGGACGAGGUGCUCAUGCUGACGAUGUUUGACUCCGAUCCCGCGGCCAAGGCAAAGUGUCAGUCCUCUCUUCCCGCCGCGCGAUGA